UGCACCGUUAGGAACACAGGAAAGGGUAGUGCCGUUUCAACUCCGAAGAACCCGUUACGUCAUUUGCCAUCCACACCCACCCCAAACGGACUUUCUUUCAUCUUCCGCAGACAGCGGCCGAUAUUAGUCAGCUGUUAAAAUUUGGAAGGAUGCCAAGAAAGGAACUCACGCCCUUGAAGUAGCUCCGACGCCUGAAAAUCCAUGGGUAGUGAUGUGACGUAAAUAUUUUUGACACUGGGGGUACUUCUGUUAUAAAUUAGUGAUAUAGUGAAUUAUUUUAUAUCAAUUAUUUCUCUUUGCAUAAGUGAAGUGAUUUAUUGCUAGAACAACGGUGUCAAGCCAUAAGGGAGGACGACAUUGAAACAAGUGUUCAAAACAUCCACUUGCACUCUACAUGAAGAUUAAUUUUGAAUAAGAACUGUCUGAAGCGGUCAGUAAAUUCAGGUCAGUAUGGGGACCAAUAAGAACAAUGAAGCUGGAGGUAAUAGUGAUAACACAAAUGCCAGCAUUUUCAACAGUCCAAUCCAAAACUUCUUCAGUGGAAGCUGCAUUCUUAUAACUGGUGCAACUGGUUUUGUGGGAAAGGCUCUUGUGGAGAAGUUGCUCCGCUCCUGUCCAGAUCUCAGAACCAUCUACCUACUCAUCCGCCCCAAGAGAGGACUUGAUGUCCAAACAAGACACAAGGAAUUGUUAAAAAAUCCAGUGUUUGAUCGAAUAAGAAUGGAAUGUCCUACUGCAUUCAAAAAGAUCAUAAGUGUCCGUGGUGAUGUGUCAGAAAAGGACCUUGGACUCUGUGAGGAAGACAAGCAGCGUGUAGUAACAGAAGUUAAUGUUGUGUUCCAUUCAGCUGCUACAGUGCGAUUUAAUGAGAGCCUUAAAUCUGCUGUAAUACUGAACACUCUUGGGACUCAGAGGGUUGUUCAAUUAUGCAGAGACAUUCACAAUCUACAGGCAUUUGUUCAUGUGUCAACAGCAUAUUCCAAUGCAGAUAAAAAGGAGGUCCUGGAGACUGUGUAUCCCCCACCAGCAGAUCCUGAGUGUGUCAUACAGUGUUGCCACACAAUGACUGACGAUGCGCUAGAAGUUGUGGCUCAACGACUGCAGGGCAAACAUCCCAAUACAUACACUCUAACAAAGGCAAUGGCAGAGUGGGUAGUAGCAGAACAAGCAGAUGAUAUACCAGCAGCUAUUGUUAGACCUUCAAUAGUUACAGCAGCAUGGCGUGAACCAGUGCCAGGGUGGGUGGACAAUGUUAGUGGUAUCACUGGUAUCAUGAUGGAGAUUGGACGUGGAACCAUUCGCAGCAUUAUAUGUGAUCAGAAGCUCACUAUGGAUCUGAUUCCUGUUGAUUUUGUAGUAAAUACAUUAAUUGGAGUUGCUUGGCACACAGCUACUUACAGACCAAAUACAAUCCGUGUGUAUAACUGCACUACUGGGUCAGUGAAUCCCAUAACUUGGAAAGAUUUUGGCAUUCUGACACAAAGUCAUGCUCGUGAAAUACCAACACGAUAUGUCAUGUGGUAUCCUGGCUUCACUUUCCGGACUAAUCAUUUUGUCCACAAGAUCUGUGAGUUGCUCUUCCACUUCUUGCCAGCAUUUGUGGCUGACCUUCUACUCAGGCUGCAUGGAGCUAAACCAAUAAUGCUCAAGAUCUCCAAGAGAUUCCAGCAGGCUGCCAAAACUGGCGAGUUCUUCUCCCUUCACGAAUGGAAAUUUCACUGUGACAAUGUUUGUGCAUUAAUGUGUGAUGCACAAGAUAAAACAACUUUUGAUGUUGAUGUUUCACAAUUAGAUUGGGACAAGUAUGUCAAAUGCUACAUGCUUGGAAUUCGAAAAUUCAUCCUAAAAGAUUCCAAUGACACGAUACCUGGUGCCAGAAAGAAGCUACAGAAACUGUACUGGAUUCACCGCUUCACACAGGUGCUGAUAGUGGCUUUCUUUUUGAGAAUUGCAACACUAAGCUGAUGGAUCCAAAUAAAUUAACAUCACUUAGCAUCAAUCACAUUCACCAGGUUAAUAAAUAUUUAUAUUUUAUCAGAAUUACUGUGCAAUUUUAUUUGGUUUAUUGAAAGGAGUAUAUUAUACUAACAGCUACCCAAGAUGUGUUUUAUCUGGAUUUUAUGUCAGAAUAAGAUCAUAUUAUUCAUCUAACAAAAUCUAAAAAUCUAAGUGCUUGAUAAAAACAAAGUCUCAUUCUCAGUACCUGUUACAAUGAAGGAUAGCUUUUGGUGUAUUUAACAAAAAUCUACAUGUUUCUGGGUUUUAAUUUUGCAGAUUCAUACACAAACCAGAUAAAUAAAUUAAAAUUAUGGUACAACAUAAUGCUUACAUAUGUGGUAAAUAUAUUGUAACGACAAACCAUUCAGAUCAUUACAUGUUUAUCUAGGUUCCAGAACUUAAACAAAAUCGUGACAGACAUUCUAACCCUCUUGUUUAACACUUCAAUAAUUUAAUAUAAUGUAGAUUUCUGUGUAUAUAAAACUGGAAUACACACAUACAUGGAAGAAGAGUAAGAAAAAUUUACUAGAAGAAUAUGUCUCCCACAAAUUGCAACACGUCAAGAGAGACAAGAGUGAAGAUUACACUUGCUACAGACCAUAUGAUAUUUAAGUCCAUAUACUAUGGAUCUGCUAACAUGAUUUUAAUUCUGGAGAGGUUAACAGUAGUGAUAUAUUAUUAAAACACAGCAAAAUAUUUUUAUGCAAAGUAUCUAAUAUUUAACAUUAAUUAUAAAAAUGUUCAGAGAAAUAGUCACUAGUUUUAUAUGUCUCACAUCAAAAUAAUGUUAACAUUAUUUUUUGUAUAUCAUUCAUCAGUUAUUUGUAAUAUAUUCAUUAUCCUACAGAAUGAAUACUUCAGUGUAGUUAUAACUGUUAAUUGAUAUGUAAGACUUUAAAACAUGCAUGAAUAUUAUAACAUUUUUUGUGGUCUGGGGGGGGGGGGGGGGUAAAAAAAAGUCAAUGUUGCAAUGUUGAGUCAGAUGCCAACAUUUCAAAGACUAGGGUGAUGAUGGAGACAAAGAUAGUCUUUAAAACAUUGGUGUUUGACUCAACAUUGAUGUGUCUGGAUGCCAAGAAAAUUUUAUAUCAAUGGACAUGUUUAUUGCCCAGCUUUGUGAAAAAUUAUAUCAGGGCCAUCAGAAGCAAGGGUGGAAGGGAGUUGGUCAUUCUUUUUACAGCUUGGCCACUACUUAUAAUGCAGAGAUGUUCUCUGAAGUUCCCACUCCCACAGUUUUAGAACAAUUAAGGCAUAUUUUUUCUGUCACUACUUACAAAAUAGUUAUUUCUUUCAAACUUCCAGUAUGUAACUUUGUGAUAAUUUUAGCUGAACCAUGAAUAAUAUGGUUUUAUUCUGAUCUUUGUGCCAUGCACAUAAAACAUUCUACAAACGAAAAAAAUUGUCUCUGUAACAAUUUUGGUCCUACAUUGACACUGCAUCCAUACACCUGUCAGUAAUUGGUAUUACUGAAAACUGAUAUUCUCUCUUGAAAGCUUCUUUUAUAACAAUGUUUUAUGGGAAAAAGUUUAUCACAGUUACUUAAUACUUCAUGAAUGUAACAUAUCUUUAGUUAUUCUCUCAUCUGUCUAGCAUAAAGAUAAAAGUUGAGUGGGUGGAAAGACAAAAGUCACCCUUUGCAGGUUAUCAUUUCAUCCCCAAACUUGAUGAGUUGACACAUCAGAACCAGACUAAACAACAUGAAUUAGUUGUUAUCAAAUUGGCUGGAGCAGCUGAUGUGAAAAUUAGUGAAGGAUGUGUUUGAGUAUAAUUGUUUAUAUAAUUAGGCAUUUGGCACAUUUGUAAAAAUAUUACAGGAAUAUAAAUUACAUUCAGUAUGUGUAUUUUAAACAAGUGGUGUAAAUGCUAGACUAUAAUGUCAUAUAGGUCAGUAAACAGUAUUUGACAUGGAAGAGGCCAAUUUAUGAUGAGUACAGUAGGCCAACUAAAAUAAGUUGUCUUUAUAAAAAUGUGUGUGUAUACUAAAUAUACCACAAAUCACAGUGUGAUUGUGUUUUGUAAAUUUUAAACUGUAAUCAGUAUACAAAUGUGUGACUGUCCUCUUCGAAUCUUUAAAGCAGCUCAUUCAAAUAAUGUUUUUUGAUAAAGUAUUUUAACUGAAAUGUAUUUUUGUGGCAUGAAGACUUAUAACAUUUAUAUCCAUGCAUCAUUAUUUUCUACAUACAUAUGUACCAUAAAUAUACAAAUGCAACAUUUAAAGAAUUAAACUGGUAUUUUAUGUGUUCUCAUCACAAAGACAUAGUUUAUUAUGUUUUAUGACACAUAUGUGAGCAUUAUUUCACAGUGCAGACUCAAUCCUUUAGCAUGUAUAACAACAUUUUUGAAGCCCUCACUGUGUGAAGUCACAGGUACAGAGUAGAGGUUUGGUUUGUGCUUUGUUUAAAGUUUGACUGGCAGACUCAAUAUAACAAAAUUUCUUAGACAUACAGAACAGUUCAUAAACAAACUACGCAAUACCGGUACUCUAAAAAAUUAAAUUUUACUAAACAAAAAUGUUUAACAAUAUAAGAAAUGUAGAGACAAAAUUACUUAAAUGUAGUUUUCUGUUUCUGUGGUUUAUCAUGUAAUCUAAAAGGCCCUGAACGCCCAGUGGCAACUAAUUGUACUUACUAUCUGCUUUAACAAUCAGUAAUUCUGGAUUUUUUUUCCACAGAGUGUAUUUAUGUGUUUUGUAUGAUUCUCAGAGUAAACAGCUAUUAUUUCCUUAAA